AUGGAGAUGAUAGAAAGAAGAGAAGAGUCAUCAUCCAUCAAGUCCCUACCCAAUGACGUCGUCAUGGACAUACUCUCACGACUGCCUGUCAAGUCCCUGGUACGUUUUAAGUGUGUGUCAAAGUCUUGGCUAACUUUGUUCACUGAUCCAUAUUUUGUGAAGAUGCACCUAAAUCGAUCCUACGAGCCCAACAAAAAACAACUUGUUUUUUCCUGUCAGAUUAAAGAAUGGAGGUCAGCAAUCGUUGUAUUUUCUGGCAACAUUAUUGAGCCGAGUGGAAAAGUUGAUUAUCCACUUAAUUUUGAGUGUCAAUCGGGCAAGUUCUUAGGUUGUUGUGACGGAUUGAUAUUAUAUUCAACUUCUCCUUAUUCUUCUUGUGAAGAAGAACUUCACCUGCUGAAUCCUUCAACUAGAAAAGUCAAAAGAUUACACCCACCAUUCAAAAGUAUAACAGGUGGUGUUACAUAUGGGUUUGGUGGUGCAUAUGGGUUUGGCUACGACGCCUUAAUCGAUGACUAUAAGGUUGUGCACAUCCCAGAUUGUCACAAAAGUAUAACGACUUUAUAUACACGAAAAACAAAUUCUUGGAGAAGAAUUCAAGACAUCCCUUACCAUGUUAUGUGCUCUGCGCCAGCUGCGGCACUUCUGAAUGGAGCUCUCCAUUGGUUAACUAAGGACAUGAGUAAGAUAGUUUCUCUUAAUUUAGAGGAGGAAAAAUUUCAAGUUUUUAUUUUACCUGCAGAAUUUGAAACACAACAACGUAAAGCUUACUUGGUUACGGUUCUCAGAGGAUGUCUCUGUGUCUGUGUCAAGAUUACGGGGAAGUCGGGGUGCUGGUCUUGUGAAUUUUGGGUGAUGAAGGAAUAUGGCAAGAGAGAGUCGUGGACUAAUCUUGGCUUUGCCCUUCCAAGGAAUUGGAAUCGUGUGAAGCCUUUGGAUUUCUCAAACAAGGAUAAUCUUCUAUCUGUGAUAGAUCAAUUCUUACUUGUAUCUAAUGUAGAGAAAAAGGAAAAUACACAUAGAUAUUUAGAAAUUCCCGGUGAUUCUCAACUCGGUAGCCUUAGAUGUUAUGAUCAAGAUAAUGAUGGAGACUCUUUUAUGCUUGUAGUUGAGGAUGCAGAGAUUUUUUUGGAGAGCAUUGUUUCACCCUGA